AUGCCGCCCACCCCCAUGGACAUUGACCGUCCCGAGCGAGCCUCUCUCAACAUCCAUGGCAACGCGCCCAUGGCGAACCUCUGCGAUGUCAUCUCGACCUUUCGGCCCACAAAGCUGCUGCGGCGCGACGACAUCAAAGACGGUCGCCACCAGCCUCAUGUCCUCUCGAUAGAUUACGACGACGAAGGCGAGCUACUUAUGACGUCAGCUAGCGACGAAACGAUCCAAAUCUACAAUGUCAGGGACGGCCGCCACGAUAAGAGCCUGCUGAGCAAAAAGUACGGCGUCAAGCUCGCCAAGUUCACGCAUACAGGCUCCAGUAUAAUAUACGCGAGCACCAAGCAGAACAACGCCAUCCGAUAUCUUGCCACCCACGACAAUUCCUUCAUCCGCUACUUCGAAGGCCACGAGGCCGACGUAACCUGCCUCGCCGUCCACCCGGGCAGCGACAACUUCAUAUCUUGCUCUCAAGACAACACCGUUCGGCUGUGGGAUACCCAGACCAAGCACUGGCAGGGUCAAUUGAUGCUCAGGAACCCCACCCUCGCCGCCUAUGAUCCCUCGGGCAUGGUCUUUGCCGUGGCUUGCCCCAGCAGCGGCUCCGUGCUCCUCUACGACGUCCGCGGCUACGACAAGGCUCCCUUUGCGACUGUCGACAUUGUGGGGCAAUGCUGCGGCAUCGACUCGCAGUUUGUCGUCAAGGGAUGGACCAAGCUGGAGUUUUCCAACGAUGGCAAGUCCCUGCUAGUGGGAACAAAGGGCAACGGCCACUUCCUCGUCGACGCCUUUGAAGGCUCCCUCAAGGCAUACCUUCGCAGACCGGCGGGGGGGACAAGACGUCAGGCGCCUGGGGAGGCUGCGGCUGUGGCUAAUGGCAGCGCCUCGACGGACCCCACGUGCAUGGAGAGCAGCGGGGACUGCUGCUUUGCACCCGACGGCCGGUUCGUCAUCAGUGGCACCAAGCAGGAUGUUUUGGUCUGGGACACGCUUGGUUCGCCACCGGAGAGCAGGAUACUGGAGCCCGCCUGGACGUUGCCCGAUAAGAGAGAGGCGGCCGUCGCGGCUUUUAAUCCUCGCUUCAACUUCUUCGCCACUGCGGACCAAGACUUGGUGCUUUGGCUGCCAGACCCCCAUGCCUAG